AAAUUUAUUGUUUUAAUCGUAUUUGAACGUUUUAACAAAUAGAAGUUUUGACUGCGGAAGGAUCUUGUCAUGUGACGUACCAUGAACGUCACUCCCCUGGGUUGUAUAAAUACAGUAGCACUCCAAUCCUCCGGCAGAUUUUCUGCGAAGAGGAAACAUACAUUUUGUGAAGAAAUAUCAGAGUCUACAAGCUUUUCUAAAAGAUGCAGAUCUUUGUCAAAACCCUCACUGGCAAGACCAUCACCCUUGAGGUUGAGCCAAGCGACACCAUCGAGAAUGUCAAAGCCAAGAUCCAGGACAAAGAAGGCAUUCCCCCUGACCAGCAGAGGCUGAUCUUUGCCGGCAAACAGCUGGAAGAUGGUCGCACACUGUCUGACUACAACAUCCAGAAAGAGUCCACCUUGCAUCUGGUGCUGCGUCUCAGGGGAGGCAUGCAGAUCUUCGUCAAAACCCUCACUGGCAAGACCAUCACCCUUGAGGUUGAGCCAAGCGACACCAUUGAGAAUGUCAAAGCCAAGAUCCAGGACAAAGAAGGCAUUCCCCCUGACCAGCAGAGGCUGAUCUUUGCCGGCAAACAGCUGGAAGAUGGUCGCACACUGUCUGACUACAACAUCCAGAAAGAGUCCACCUUGCAUCUGGUGCUGCGUCUCAGGGGAGGCAUGCAGAUCUUCGUCAAAACCCUCACUGGCAAGACCAUCACCCUUGAGGUUGAGCCAAGCGACACCAUUGAGAACGUCAAAGCCAAGAUCCAGGACAAAGAAGGCAUUCCCCCUGACCAGCAGAGGCUGAUCUUUGCCGGCAAACAGCUGGAAGAUGGUCGCACACUGUCUGACUACAACAUCCAGAAAGAGUCCACCUUGCAUCUGGUGCUGCGUCUCAGGGGAGGCAUGCAGAUCUUCGUCAAGACAUUGACAGGCAAGACCAUCACCCUUGAGGUUGAGCCAAGCGACACCAUUGAGAACGUCAAAGCCAAGAUCCAGGACAAAGAAGGCAUUCCCCCUGACCAGCAGAGGCUGAUCUUUGCUGGCAAACAGCUGGAAGAUGGUCGCACACUGUCUGACUACAACAUCCAGAAAGAGUCCACCUUGCAUCUGGUGCUGCGUCUCAGGGGAGGUUCAGAUAUUUAAAAUGACAGUCUCUGAAAUGGACAUUUAAUUAUUUCAGCAUCCCCUGUUCAUGCACUCAACACAUUGUCCCCUCUUCUCUCCAUACUUUAUUACUGAAUCCAGUUAU